AUGGGUCUUCUCUCUAUGCAGCAUCAUCCACAGCACCAGCAACAGGGUCAUCCGCCUCCCCAACACUUGCAACACUCGCGACCCCCGAGUGUAGUUCACCAGCAGCAUCACACUCAACCUCACCAACCGCCACAACAGCAGCAUCCAAGCGCGUACUCAUCUACGCAUUCGCUUCCCCCAGGCUACCAAACCAGUGCUCAGGCGCCUAACAAUCAGGACAACCUCAACUACUACAACCAUCCAAGCCCUUACAGCACACCUGGUGCCACAAGCGGAUACACAUCCGCAGAUACCUCCGAUAUGAUGGCCGCAGCACAAAUGCCGAGACCUCCCUACCCUCCAAUGUCCUACCAUACACCUCAAUCCAACUCCCCUGCUUCAGUCGCAUCGCCCUCGCAACAUGAUCAACACAGAAGCAUCUACGGCCAGCCCCCAUCGCAGCAUCUUCAACAAUCUAUGUACUACCAGCCGCAGAACCAAUAUCAAACUAUGCCUCCUCAAGCUGCCGCCUCACCUUAUGCGCAACAUGCGCCGCACCCCCAACAGUCCAUGACAUCGCAGCCCACCAUGAUGAUGUCUCAAACCGCACCCCAGAACCAAAUGACGCAGCAUGCUGCACAACAUGCGCACGCAGGAAUGACUGGUAGUCCUCGGCCCAAAAUCGAGCCUCAGGUGCCUCUGCAGCUCCAGAAGCCUCAGUCAUCUCCGAUGCAGCAGGCUCACCACCCUCAAAACGGUGGACAACUGCAGAGCCCAGGGAAUACCACGCCCGGUGUCAAUCCAAGUGCGGCACCGGGACCUAUCCCCGCUACAACCCCUCUCGUUGUCCGACAAGACGGUAACGGCGUACAGUGGAUAGCCUUUGAGUACUCUAGGGACAGGGUCAAGAUGGAGUACACCAUCCGCUGUGAUGUUGAGUCUGUCAACAUUGACGAACUAUCGCCAGAAUUCAAACAGGAGAACUGCGUCUACCCCCGAGCAUGUUGUCCCAAGGACCAAUACCGCGGUAACCGUCUGAUGUACGAGACCGACUGCAACCGUGUUGGUUGGGCUUUGGCCGAGCUCAACAUCCCUCUCAGAGGCAAGCGAGGACUUAUCCAGCGAGCGGUCGACAGCUGGCGCAAUAGCAACCAAGAUCCCCGACUUCGCAGCAGACGAGUUCGACGUAUGGCAAAGAUGAACCAGCGCAAACAGGUUCAAGCCUCUCCGCAUCCCGGUGCGGCUCACAUGCCCGGCCCCGGCGGACCUUCAGGGAUGCCUGGAGGUCCAGGGCCCAUGGGACCUGGUCCCGCCGCAAUGGGCAAACCUGGUCUCGGCAGCAUGGGUCAACCAAUGCACCACCACCAGCCAGGAGCUCACCCUGACGGUACAGGACAAAGUGGAGGAGAUGAAGUUGGCGAUGGCAAUUCCUACGAACACCAUCACCACCAAGCCCCUACCGGUCAGAACCCAUCUGUUAAUGACGAUGUGAGACCAGCCCAUGUCUUUACUGGGUACAAUAAUCAGCCUUAUCCCACUAGUGCGCCAAUGUCUCAUAUGGCUCCUCACUCUGGGGGCGCUGUCCCAGCCAAGCGCCACAGCAAAGCCAACGCUGAUGAGCCUGACGAUCUAUUCCCGGAUAUCCCUGAAGCUAAGAAGCGAAAGUUUAUCCUUGUCGAGGACAACGUUCGCGGAUCUCGUCUCCGGGUCAGGGUCACCCUCGAGGGCGUCGAUACUAAUGAGAUUCCCGACAGCUUCCGCAAGGGUGCUAGUGUUUUCCCCCGCAGCUACUUUCCCCGGGAAAUGCAAAGUCCUCCCCCCAGUGCCACCGGCUCACGUUUCUUUGGUGAAGAUCAUGAUGACGAUGGUAUUGAAGAGACCGAAGGCCGUGAGUCUAGCCGCCGCGGUGUUAAUAGGACUGGCAAGGAGAUGGUCAAGGUUCCCAUGGGCGAAUCAUCAGGCGAGAUUGCCAUUCCUCGAAUGACAAAAUCGACCCGGGGUAGGGAAGUCCGUCUCAAUGAUCUUGGCUACCGCAUGGCCUGGCUGCAGAGCCGAGUCUUUGCGGGUCGGACCGUGUUCUUGCAGCGAGCAUUGGACUGCUACCGCAACAAGACCCGUGCUGCUAUUGAGAGUGUCAUGCAAGACGUCAAAACUGUUGCUCCUCAUUAUGAAACUCGUGCUGGCAAGAGGCGAUGGAAUGAACGCAUGCGACGAGGUGCGAAGGAAGACGACGAAUAA